CUUCUAUUAAUAUUUAAACAAAACAUCACAUCUAGUAACUGAUCGCGAGAAGUGUAACAAUGACGUCGAAAGGAAGUGCCCAGAGGACCCAAUGUGAAAGAUGAGGCUAUAUUUUCUUACAAGCUGAGUAGAAUAAGGAUCAGGAACUAUUGUAAUGACAUAAUGCUAAGAUUGAAUUUAUGAUAGAGUUACGUACGAUAUAGUAAAAGACUACUCAUCAACAGCAUGAAGCUUUUGUAUAAAUUGAGAUGCUUUUCCACCUUCAACACUUACUAUCUGCAUCAAUCUACACACACCAACAACAAGAACAAGAACAACCUUAUAUCUACAAUACCUUCGAAGUCCAUCAUACUUGAUAUCUCUUAACAACUCAAAAACCCAUUCACUUCAAAAUUUCAAAAUGGUCCAACUCGCCCAAGUCGCAAUUAUCUUCACCACAGCUCUUGCUGGCUUUACCACUGCCAAAAGCUGCACCACCGGAGGCAUCUACUGCGGUACCUAUCUUCUUGAAAGAGGCGACUACAUUAAUAAAAUCAUCACCAACCUACGGGCCAACAACAUGCCAACAGACGACAACACCAUUAAGCAAUCUCUAUGGAGCUGCCUUGAGCACGGCGAUAUUCAAUUCAAGGAGAUGUGCACCAGGGGUUGCAUCGGCGGCGAUAAGAAUGACGACUACUGCACCGGAUCCCCCGACGCUGGAGGCGCGAAGAGGGGUGAGCCCAUUUUCUGGGAGGCUUAAGUCUUAUAAGAUUUUGGAGAUAGCGUUUCAUCACUGUCACGAGGUGGACCAAGAAGCAAGGAAACAACUUGACAGUGCCCUUUUUUCUAGAUGCCUCAUCUAGAAUCCCGACAAUCACUUCCUAUAUUUCAUUCUUCCGCACCUGUAAACUACCUAUGUACAAGAUAGAAUAACUAUGUUAUAGCAAUAUAUCACAGGAUUUCCCGACUGA